AGACACAAUAUGUAUAGUAAAAUACCAUUGUAUGGGAGAUAACACACUGUCUGUUUGACUCUCCCUGUGAAAUAUACUGCAAGUAGUAGGACUUUGACAUAAGCCAUCCUGUCAAAACUACCAAUACUUUGUACACAAUAUAUAACCUGUGAAACUCUCUGUUGCUGGAUAUUAUUGGACAUUCAAACCGGUUUUAUGUACAGAAGGAAUGUUGGAGAGAACACCAGUGUUAUCUGGUACACUUUCCACAAAAUGCCAAAGAAUCUAUGUUCCAGAGACCAGGCAAAAGAGAUCUUACUUUAACAUCUAACAUAAUGAAUGAACCUUGAACAAUGCAAGACUUAUAAUGCUCCACUGUUGGCAUAGGCUGAGAGUCUAAGAACAGAAGCUGAGACCACAGCUUGUCAGUUUCUGGUUCAGGUUUAAGUGUUUCCAGAGUCGCCUUAACCUGCAUAGAAAGCAUGAGUACUCUAUUUUCAAAUCAUGCAUGUCUCUUCAUGCUUUUGAAAAACUCUUGCCACACAUAGACUCAUUAAUAAGAUGGUCUCAUUCUGGUGGCAUGCAAACUACAAGUCCCACAAUUCUCUGCAUCUGGGGAUGGUGCAGAAAGGCUUUCAGCCUGUUCACAUGGAGGUAACUAGGAAACGAAGAAAUAAACACACUUGCCAUGAAGUGAAAGUACCUUUUUUGCAAAAGUAAAAGGAAUCUUCUUUGACAGACCUGUACCAGGAAAGUUCUUCCAAUGUGAUAAACUCCCUUUUGAAUGGGUAUGCAUGGAAAAGAAAAGUGAUGGAAAGAAACCAGGGCUUCUGUACAGCUUAUUCUUCAGAAAAUGUUUAGGAUGAGGUCUCUAAAAUCCUACAACUGUGAGCAAUGUGGAAAUGAUUUUGUCAGCCGCACCGCCUUGAGGUAUCAUUUCCGAGCAAAACAUCUUGGAAAAGUUCACUGUGAGAAAUGUGGUAGGGAAGUUUUGAGAGAAACACUUCAGGACCAUGAAGCGGCCAACCAUGAAAGAAUGACUGCUGAAAAAAAAGGGUGUUUCUGGGACAUGCCUCCAAAGAGGGAAGCAAAAUUUGUGGCCAUGGAAAUGUCUACCUCCUGCAGGAUGUGCCCAAGGCAGUUUGGAACAAUCCAUAGCAGGGAACACCAUGAGAAACAAGAUCAUCACUUCACAGCCAGCAAAAGAGCUCAAAUGGCCACUGGAUUUUCACCUGAUAAUAUCUUGGAUUAUAAAAAUCCAACAGAACUAAAGAGAUUUGUAGAAGAAAAGCUUCGCUCCAUUCCAGGCCCUGCAAGCAUUGCCUGUGCAACAGAUAUUGAGGCAAUUAUUAAUUUGAUCAAGGAAUGCUUCCCAUUACCAAUAGCUCGGCUAAUCAAGGGAGGCUCAUAUAUAAAAGGAACUGAUACACAAGGCUGGUCUGAUGUUGAUAUAGUGCUAUUUAGUGAAGCCUUUGAAAAUCUAGAAGACUGCAAAAAGAAACUGCCAGAAGUUAUAGAUGAUCUUGGGAAAAGACUGAAGGAAUCUUCAUGGGCCAGCAGGAUAAUGAUGGAGAAAAGGACCCAGUCAUCCUUACGGUUUCAUUUCAAAUGCUAUACGAAUCACCACGGUCACUCGUUUGAUAUCAUGCCUUGCUAUGACAUACUGGGGCCUGCGCCAUCAACAGGUUUAAAACAGAGCUUUUACCACAAGAUCUAUCUCUGUAAUGACACUGAUGAAAUCCAGCUGUACUCAAUGUCCCUGCUGCAGUACCAGGUUGAGUUUAUCAAGGCAUCUACCAUGAAGGUGAAGGACCUGAUUCGUUUAGUUAAGCACUGGUUCAGGACUUCCUUUGCUAAACCAACAGCACAAAAUAAGUUUCGCAGGCUUCCUUCUUCGUAUGCUAUAGAGCUCAUCACAAUCUUCAUCUGGCAGCUGGCAGGGAAGCCAGUCUUUUUCAGCCUGAUUCAGGGAAUGAGAGCUAUCCUGAAGCUUCUGGUUAGAUACCCAGAAAUAUGCAUUGUUUGGCACAAACACUACAGCCCAAACUCUAUGAUUUUCAAAAAGGUGUUCCAGAAGCAAACCAGGCCAUUUGUUUUGGAUCCUGCAAACCCAACAUUUAAUGUGUGUGAGAACAGCAACGCUUGGGAUGAAGUGGCUCAUGUGGCGAGACGGAGCCUCCUUAAGCCUCUUUUUAAUGGUGUGCAAGCGAAAGGACCCUGGCUUUUUACAAACGGCUGGUAAAAACGAGAGAAAGCGUUAGCCUGGUUGCAGUCCUGUCAAAUAGGUUUGCCAAGGCAUAUAACACUAGUAGCCAAUAGGAAUAUUCCAAUAUAAAGAAAUGUAAAUGAAGAAUGGUGGGGUGUUUUUUGUUCUCUCUCUAAUCUUUUUAACAAACAAUUCUUUGUCAUUACUUCUGAAUGAACAAGACAAUCCAUUCUAGUCAGGGGAUUAAAUCGUCCGCUAAAUUUUUAUCCCUGUGUGACGGAAGAAGCUGAAAGAUAUGCUUCCUUAUGUUUGUAAAGAGUUCAAGCACUAGAGCAAAGAGGGCAACUUUUCACAGCUCCUACAACUUCCUUCCUUCCCAGCUCACUAGGGCAGCACUGGAAUUCCAUAAAACAUCUGAGCAUUGUUUAUUUAAAAAAGGCCCCUGAAAAGAACUCACUGGUUACACAGUAAGAUGACUAUAGUUCCAUAACAUCUGGCAAAUCACUAGGUUGCAAUAGAUAAACGCUGGAAGGCUCUACACUAGGCUGUCUCUCAAUACAUCGUUUAUUUCCAGAAGUUAUGGCCGAUCACACAUCUUCUGAGGGUAAGAUGAAGGGAAGGUCGGAAAUAUAAUGAAGAGUAGAGAGAAAUUAUGUAUCCAGACUCUACCCAUUCUAUGGGGUACUAAUCAUUUUAGUUCGUAAAAACAGACUAUUUUGUAUACAGUUUCAACAUCAGUAAUUGGGGCUACAGCACAAAGACCUCACCUGAAGGGGAGUUGGAAAGACUGCAUUAUUUUCUGGAAUGAUGGUUCUAGCAGUGGUGGCUACUAACAGGAGAAACAGCAUGGAGUAUGGGACCUGAUCCUACAAGGUGCUUGAGCAUCAUCAGCACCUCCUAGAGUUCAGGCUAGUGGAAGAAACACAACUGAGACAGAACAAGAGGGAAACAGAAGUGGGAAAGUAGUCAGCAUAAAUUUUUCUCUUGAGUGGCAUGCUGUGUUAGGCUUAAGGCAGUUACCUGAUUAAAUUACUUCACACUAGCACAGCAGAUCAUCUGGGAUCCAGGAUUUGGUGCCUAGUAAUUUUUUAUUCGGCUUUACUU